AUGAAGAGCGACAUGCUGCUUGCGGUAAUGCAGCUCUCCGCGGAACGAAAUCUUCCGCAGGAGUCUGUCGUCUCGGCAUUUGAAGACGCCAUCGCUGCCGCCUAUCGUAGAGAUCCCGCAGUCGACGAACAAGACGUCCAGGUCCAACUCGAUCCGGAUAGCGGUGAGGUGAUCAUCAACACCGUAGUGCACGUUGUCGAAGAGCUGGAUGAAUUGGACCCACGGGGCCAGGUAAAUGUAGAGCAAGCUCGCACGUUGAGCGUAGAUGCUCGACCGGGGGACGACAUCAUCACUGGCGUGCUCGACUUCACGCCGCAACGGAUCGCAGCGCGCACGGUAACCCAAGUUCUCAUGCAACGCUUGCGGAGCGCUGAACGCCAGUUGGUGUUCGAGCAGUACGCGGACAGAGAAGGCGAGAUCAUUUCCGCGCCGAUCCGAAGAGUGGCGUCUUCACGCCAACUCGAAUCCUUCAGCGACCGACCAACUGUAUUUGUUGAUUUGGGUAAGGCUGAUGCGAUCAUGCAAGGUGACGAGCAAAGUCCCAACGAGCGGUACCGCACGGGGAUGGAACUCAAAUUUUUCGUCGUGCGUAAAUCAAGGCGAUUGCGAGACAGGCUGGCCCGCAGCAAGAUCGCCGUCUACUCGAACAAACACGAUAUCGACCCCAUCGGUGCGUGCGUGGGUCUUCGAGGAAUCCGGAUCCAAAACAUCGUUACUGAAUUGAUGGGCGAGAAGAUCGACAUCUUGGAGUGGAGCGACGACCCUGCCGUCUUCAUCGCAAAUUCGCUUGGUCCGGCACAGGUUGAGGAUGUGGUCGUCGUCGACGAAGACACCGUCGAGGUAAUCGUCCCUGAAAACCAACUGUCGCUCGCCAUCGGUAAAGAUGGUCAGAACGUGUCGCUCGCGACGCGGCUUGCUGGUUAUCGGAUAGACAUCAAAGGGUCCGCAGCCUACGCUGAGGAGCUGAUUGAUCGACAGCGCAGCGUGAAGCUGAUGCCGCGCACAUGGCUGCUGAAGUCGAAGCAGAUAGGUUGGCCGCGGAAGCCGAACUCGCGGAACGGGCCGCCGCGGAUGCUGAACAGCAACGGCGACUCAGCGAAAUCGAAGAUGUACCACCGUAGUCGUCGAGUCCGAUCCCGAAAUCGAAGUCGAAGUCGAGUCGAAACGGUUGCUGAAACUGAACCCGUCGAGAUCACGCCGGUUCUCUACAUCCCGGAACCAGAGGAGUCGGAGCAAGGCGAAACUGAACCGGAGAUGGUCGUCGCACUUGAACCAGAGGUGACCGCAGAGCCGGAAAUUGAAGAAGAACCGGUGGUGGAGAUUGCCGCUGAGCUUACCGACGAAAUAGCCGUGGUUGAAGAUGAGGAAUUGACAAUUACCGAAGACCCGGCGAUUUUCGAGGAAGAAGCACCGGCAGCACCCGCAAUGCCCGCGUUGUUCGUUCCGCAUGUCCAACGGCCAGAGCCGCCGCCUUCAGUUGCGGGGCAAGGGGAGGAAGAUCUCGACCUCGAACUCCUCGAACUGGAAGAGAAGCUGAAGGAACUCGAAUUCGAGGAACAGGAGCGCGCAGAAGCUGACCGUGCAGCGGCCGAGUUGGAAGCUUUGGAACAGGACAUCGAUUCGGAUGAUCUUUGGAUGCUGCCUAGCGAAGUCGAGGUCACCCCUGACACCGGUGAAUCGGGUUUGCGGUUUGCCGAGGACAUCUCCGGGUAUCGUGACGAAGAUGGUCGUCGAGGUGGCGGCCGUCGACGCGGCGGCAGUUCGCGUAGAAACCGACGCUGA